AUGUUAUUCGUGCCUUCGGAAUGGGUGGGACCGGCACCCAGAGGGAUCAUUGACACCAGAGAUAAGAAGUUCGACAUCUUGGGCGUGAUUCAACGAGUGGGUCCGGGUACCCAAGAUUCCGUCCGGUCGGUCGGACCACGCCCAUUGAAUUAUAUUGACCAUCGGAUCGUCGGGGAUGGAAAUGAAAGAUUUGGGUUGACAGACAUGGGGGAUAUUGGGAGGGGUCAGAAUCAGAGAUCAAACAGAGAAUCAAACGAUGUGGGGAGAGGUGGCAGGAGUAUGGGCAGAAAGUCGAUAUCAUGGACGUUGUCAAUUACAAUAUGGGCCAGUACCGCAUAUCAUGGGUACUAUCUAGGAUACUUGGAUUUUCGAAAGCUGUUCCCAGACUUUCCAAAGGGCAGGUCGUUGAAGGCAUACUACCAGCAGGGCCUCACUGAGGGCUCCAAAUGAGUGACCUGCCCGUUCUAGUUAUCUGAAGAGAUCGAAGGUUUCACAUGCCCUUGCAUGUUUUCGACACACUUCAAGGAGG